CUCUACUCUGCAGUGAACACGGGUCACACCCCACCCAUCGCAUUCUUUCUUUCUUUGGUUUCGUAAGCGUACAGUGGUGUUAUUAUUGCUGUAUUUUAGUGCUAAAUACGUAUUCUAAAUGCCUUUAAACUGCUCAAACAAAAAACAACUUGGUGUCAUUUAGUUUUCGUAAACAUGUGACGUGGUAGUAAUUUUAUUUUGAUUCUCGUAAAUGUGGAUCGACUAAAAACAAGGACGAAGUGAAUAAGAUAGCUGCAGCUCAAAAUGGCUGCCCCUCGAACGCAGGUUUUGAAGUUCGACAAAAUAUGUCGGGCUUGUUUGCAGAUAAAAAAGGACAUGAGACCGCUCUUCGAGCAACUCACAGCUACCAUGCUGAUGGGCAUAUCUAAAGUGCAGGUAUCGAUGGGCGACGGUCUGCCCAACCAGCUGUGUCUCCAGUGCGUGCACCAGAUCUCUCGCUGCCACGCCUUCAAGGAGCUGGUGGAGAGAAAUGACGUCACGCUGCGGGAACAGGCCAAGGCUAUGGCUGAGGAAGCGCUCAAGCUCGAGAGACAGGAGAAAGAAAAGAUGCUGAAUCUGACCUGCACAGAGCCUUUUAUGCAGUACAUGGAAGUGCCGAUCAUCAAUUCCGACAGCCAGAUCUUGGAAAACUUCUUCAGCACCGAAGAGACGGUCGUGCAGGAAGAAAAGGACGCGUUUAGCGAUAAAGUGUUCAUGCCAGAGCAACCAGCUCCAGUCCAGAAAGAAGACGAGCUCCUCAACUCGGACGAAGAAUCGUACAUGCAAAUGGUGGUCUUCCAAGCCACGUCAUCAGUGGCACCGGGCCGCCAUGUUUGCAACCUCUGCCAUAAGGAGUUCAAGCACGCGCGUUGGCUGAAGCAGCACAUGCGAUCGCACUCCAACUGGAUCAAGGCCAAUUGCAAGAAGCCGCCCAUGUGCCCCAUUUGCGAUAGGACCUUCAAGGGUCCAGGAAUGUUGAAGAUGCACAUGAGAACUCACGAGCAGCGGCCGCCAAAACAACCCACAUGUUCGGUCUGUCAGCGAACGUUCGCCACCAAGACGCUGCUCUAUCGCCACCGACAAACGCACUUCGAACAGAAAACGCACCAGUGCACUGUGUGCGAGAAAAGAUUCUUUAGCGGCUACGCUUUACGGUCACAUAUGGCGCGGCAUAGAGGAGAGCGGCCAUAUGUCUGUUCGAUGUGCAAUAAGAGCUUCUACAACCCUACAGAUUUGAAGGUCCACUUCCGCCUGCACACGGGUGAGAAGCCCCUGAAAUGUUCGGAGUGCAACAAGACCUUCCGCCGCCACUCAACUCUAUGCCAGCACAUGAAGAAACACCGCGGAAUACGGAACCACGUGUGCUCGGUCUGCAACAAGGCAUUCUACGAGGUCUCCAAGCUGAACGCACACAUGCGUGUCCACACAGGCGAGCGGCCCUUCGAGUGUCAGUUCUGCGAGCGUAAGUUCGCGCAGCAAUCAGCCCUGAUCUACCAUCGGCGUACGCACACGGGAGAGAAGCCUUACAGCUGCAAGCUUUGUUCGGCGCGCUUCACCACGUCUUCAGCUAGAAAUAACCAUAUGGUCACUCAUACUGGACAUAAGAAGUUCGUCUGCCCAGUCUGUUACAAAGGCUGCACGUCUCGUUCGGAGCUGCGCGUGCAUUCGACGAAACACACCGGCGAGAAGUUAUUCGCGUGCGAACUCUGCUCGCAGCGGUUCAGUUCGGCGUCAUAUCUGGCUGUGCAUCGCAGACAUCAUACCGGCGAAAGAAAGUAUCACUGCAACGUGUGUGGGAAAGGUUACAUAGAGUCAAAUUCAUACAAGAAGCACAUGAAGACCCACGAAGUAAAGCCAGAUUCGGAAGCUUCGACCAACUCUGAGAACAGCUCGGAGACUCAAGUUGCUGCAGCUGCUAAAAACGACAACGAAGCGGUCCAGGAUGUCCAGGCCAAUGUGACCAUCGGCGAGGACCAGGAAGAAUCGCAGACCCAAGAGCCUCAAACACAAGAGUCGCCUAUACAGCAGAAGCGUUACAAGUGCGGCAUCUGCGUCAAGACUUACAUGUACCUGCACAGCCUGAAGAAACACAUGAUGACUCACGUUCAGCAGCAACAACAACAGCAGCAGCAAGUGCAACAACAACAGCAGCAAGUGCAACAGCAACAACAACAACAAGUGCAACAACAACAUCAACAGCAGCAACAACAACAGCACCAGCAGCAUCAACAGCAGGUGCAAGUGCAGCAACAGCUGCAACAGCAGGCCGUGCUGCAGGUGGGCGGCGUGCAGCAGCUCCACGUGCCGAUACACGCGCAGCACGUGCAACAGGGCAUCGUGCAGGUAACUAACGCUCAGCACACAUACCCUGUGAUAUCAUCGGUGCAGUCUUUACAGUUGCAGCAAACCCAGCAGCAGGUUAAUACGCAACAACCUCAGCAGCUGCAAGUCCAAACGAUUCAAAUACACCCGCAGCAUCAACCGAUCCAGAUACACGCUGUCGGAGUGCAGCAAGUGCAACAACAGCAGCUACACGUAGCAACGUCGUCUUGCCAAACAAUGCUGCCUAACAUAUUACAGCUGCAGCCAGCCGUAGCCGUGUCUGGCCUGGGCGGGCAGGACCUCGGCGGCGUCGCGCACCGCAUCAUCCUGCAGCCGCCAGGGACUCAUGUGCAGCCACACCCUCACUCCGCCGUCUACACCAUCCACCAUUAACUUUACACCAGUGAUACUGGGUGAUACACAAGUGAUACGGGG